CAGAAGUCUUUCGUUUUUCUAGAUUUCUUGAGCUUUUGUGGGUUGAUCCUAUCAGCGAAUCGAGGAAUUUCGAAUUCGAGGGGGAUUAUAGUAAUCUAAUCGCUGGAAGAUAGGCAAAAUGGAAUUUCAGUAACAUUCCUUGUUUUCUUAUUCUGUAUCAUUGACUAGUGGAGAGGUGGAAGUGGAUGAACAGCUGAAGCCUUGUUACAAAAAUGGUGGAUAUUUGGUGGUCCUUGUUUGGGGCUGCCAUUCCAGCUGUUGUAUUUGGGCAAGCCAUUAGAGUGAAGAGAAGACGAGCCGAGGAACAAAGGCUUAAGAGUGCUCGAAGGCGAGAGAAGAACUCCGAUGACAUCUUUGUCUGUGAGAGAGUUUGUACUUCAAAGAGGAUGCUGAAUAAAGUCGGUGCAUUCUCUAAAGACCCAACUCCUAAUGCAUGUGUUACUGUUUGUGGUGUUUCUGAGCUUGAUGCUUGUGCCGAUGCUUGUGCACGGACUGUUUGUGUUCACCAACACCAAGUGCCCAAUUGGAAUGACAUCUGCCUUAAACAGUGCCAAAGUGAAUGCCUCAAGCUUUCUUCAUCAUUGACUCUUUAGAGCAUAUUUAUUGUCGAAACGGAACCUUCAUGAUUUUACUAUCCCAAGAGAAAAAUGUUAAUCUGCAAUGUAAAUUUUCUUCUUUCUUGUGGAUUUAAUUAGUGGAUCAUGGAAUUUGUUGCUUGUUUGUUAUUUUUGGCUGGUGCUAUCGUCUUCUAAUGCUUUUUGGAGCACUUUGUAUUUUUUGAUAGCUUAAAUGUGAUUCUAGUUAGAUCUUUUAA